AUUUAUUUUUAGGUCGCAUCUUCUUUUGCCUGGGCAGAACGAAUCCAAAAAUAAUAGUAAACAACUUUGUGUACAAAAUUAACAACAGGAUGUCGGACAGAACGUAUUGGAAAUGCACAGCUUAUAAUAGAACCAAGUGCAAGGCAAGAGUUACUACACAAGGCAACACAGCAAGAUUGAACACAGAACACCACAAUCAUCAACCACCCGCUAUCAGUUACGAAGGAUUGCAGUCUCAAGUUGUCUCUAUAAUACUAUCUAAUUCAAGGUCCAGCGUCCGGAGGGAAGAGGAACUUUAAACUGUUCCACCACAGCAUAUGUAAUUCAGUACCUUGCAGUUUCGUCUCAUUUCUGCUACAUGGAUUUCAGUUUUUUAUUUGUUGAAAAUGUUUGUCGUCAAUGUUUUAUAGGUAUUUUCUAUUUGACUAUAUUCCAACACUCUAUUGUAUUGAGCGUCAUCAAAAUAAACCAUCUAUCUAUCUAAAAUGACAAAUUUCUUUUUAACUGUGAUAUCC